ACUGUGCAUUGGCGCUAUCUUUAGAUCACUACACAAAAGUAGACCGAUUUUGUUUUUAUUAGUUACUGUUGUAACGUUACAGACGCUGGGACGAUUUUGAUUGAAGUUAAGGUCGUUGGGCAUGUACUUCUUACAGUUGUUCCUGCUUCUAUUUACUUCUGUUUCCAACACGCUAUCUUAUUUAUCAUCAACUGACCUGGUUGAUAUAAAGGCACAUGACCAUAGGCUUUUGACGAAGAUACUCGCUGCAAGACAAUUACAAGACCUGUUUGAUAACGAUAAAAACACACAUGGGCUUUUCCAUGCUCAGUUAAAUCAAAAGGUUUAUCUGAUCGUUGAUCUUCGCGGAUUAUAUCAAGUCAGUUCAGUGGAGAUCACUUCUGAUCAACCUGAAAAUCUUAAACAAACUAUAAGCGUUGGUUAUGGAUUCGAUAAAAACACAACAAGUUUAUUUGGAUCUUUGUACAAUUGUACAUAUCAACAAACGUCUACUCUGUGCAUACCUGCUUGUAGCGAAUAUGACAAUCCACGGGCCGGUUUUGUUGGCAAUAGCUUGCUAUGGAGUUUUCAGUCAAACAAAGAGGGAUGGACUAGGAUUUAUGAUUUGAUCAUACGCGGUACUCCAUUCGAUGAAAAACGUAACAUGAAGAAUAAUCUUGAUGAUAUUACAUUGUUUAAGCCAUAUGUCGAUCAUCUAGUUCCUGUGGAAUCUAUGGAAUCAUGUAGUGGAUUAUUAUGGCAUUUAAAUGACGAAAGUAAUGUGACAGAAAGUUCUGCACUAGUGGCUACUGAUGACCGUAAUGUUACAAUUUACUUUGGAAAAACAUAUUCAGUAACGAGUGUACACUUUGUAACAUCAAAACAAGAUGAUUUGCCACACGAGUAUACAUUACAUUUCAGUGGUAUGGAAUCAUUGACGAAAAUAAUUAAUCUUCAAAAUGAUUGUAUAUCGACAGCUAGUUCUGGUAAUGAUGGUGCCAAUUUUAAAGAAUAUAAUUGUCCAACUACAGAUUUAGAAAGCUAUACAUUUGAUUAUGUUACGGUGAAUGUAAAAGGUCUUUACAAGUUACAUGUUUAUGGAUUACCAUUCCAUUAUCCUAAAAUUCAAAUAAUUCCAUCGAAAGACGAUAGAACAAUUAUGGUUGAUAAAAAUAUGUUACAAAUUAGUUGUAUCGCACAAUCAUGUAAUUCAGCAUCAAAUGUUUUACUUGAUGCCGAUGAUAGUUAUCGUCGAUCCAGAAGUAGUGAUGCAUCAUCAUGUCCUAUGAAUGGUCAUAUUAUACGAUGUGAAUAUCUUAAUCUGUUUCGUUUAUCAACAUCGUCAUCAUCAAAUAAUGAUAAUGAUAAUAAUAAUCAGAAAAUACAGUUAACAAAUCAAGGCAUAAUCAAUACAGAGUUCAGCGAAAUUAUGGCAGAAUUAAAAAUAAUACAAUCUAACGCUGAGAAAUUAGUCGUCACCAUGCCAAGAAAACUAUCUUAUUCUAUGAGUUCAUUCGUUCCUCUCCAAUCAUUUUGUCUAUAUCUGAUCUUUUAUACAAUCAGUGGUACUGUCAAUACAUCUACCGUUCUGGAACUAGUCAGGAUAUCCUCAUUUGGCUGUACUGAUGUUGUACAAUAAUUUUAACCGAUGUGCAUAUGUGCUAAGUUCUGUGUUGGUUAUGACUAACGGACUGAAUGACUGACUAAUUUAUGUGUCAAUAAGUCUCUAUAGAAUGAAUCUAAUAAAUAUAUUACAGUUCAGUGUAUGAAAGAAUGUUUUGAUUUAAAAUUAAUUCUCAUCAACUUGAAAAUCAUUUAAUCCCAGGUAAAACUAAUUAGUGUGUUCUCUUUUUUUUUGAAUUACACAGUAGUAUCUCAAAUUGUAUCAGUAGUAGCUAAAUCUACAGAUUCACAAUCUUUUCAUUAUUAUUCACAAAUACUUAACUUCGAUAUCACAUAAUAUUUAGAAAACAUUGAUUAAAAUGAUACUCUUUCAAUGCUAUUUGCUUUAAAGGAAUAUUUUGAUGCAUGGUUAAUUUAUUCAGAAAUAAUGAGCGAACGAUAUACACACAUUUCGUUUUGUUUUGUCUUGAAAAAAAAGUUCUAUUUCAACAUUUCUUUCUCGAUCAAUAAUAUGCUUAUUUAUUCAUUAAAAUGAAAACAGAAUAUAUAGUGCAGCAUUAGCAUAAACGACUGUGAAAUUAAGUGAAACGUGUUCGAAUACCAUAGAAAUGAUUAGUUCUAUUAAGAUUGUAAGUGUGCUGACUAACACGAAACCUAGAUAAGGUUGGGUAUCCUACCGGCUACUGUCAAACACCUAGCAUCUAAACUUAAAAUGCAAACGAUUGAUGUUUGACCAAAUGGUUACAAACCGGUUGCCGGACCAAUUAGUUAUGCAUCUAUAUCUCAGUGAAGUCGCUUACGAAGAAAAAAACAGCGAUUCCAUGUGUACUUGUCUUCGACAUUGAUGAAAUUCUAUAACAAAUGCCAUUGAAAAAGUAAACAAAUUAUUUUUAAUAAAUCGCACCAAUGUAUAUAUAUGAGGAUAACUAUCCCUUUUUAACGUUUAAUAAAAGUGAGAUAUCUUACAUUUUCGAGCGUUUUUCUAUUCAUUUGGUUUGUCUUUGCUAUGUAUAUGUGCAAUUUCCAUUAGAGACUUCAUGUUAUUCAUAUUACGUUAUCUCCAUAUGUCUUCUGCAAUAAGUUAAUGUAACGCAUUCCAACUUCCCAGACAGUAAAAUAAAAGCAAUUUCGAGCAUGAAAUAGGAUAAUCAGCAAUCAUUAUAAUCUUAUAUGUAGUAUUCUUUUACUAAAUGGACGGAAUAGUGCAGUGCAAUGAAAAAAGUGCUACAAAUUCACGGACACGUAUCCUAUCCUUGUCAAUAGCUAAUUAUUGUAUAAAUAAUGCGAUGAAAAAAAUGGCCUUACAACUACCAAUUGUGUCAUUCGGUUUUUCUAAAAUCAAACAUCCUUUCGGUCGGUUAGGCGAUCCGUUGCAUUUUAAUUAUUAAUCGAGGAUACAGUUUUAAUAACACAUAUUAUUAUGAUGUUAAUAUUAAUAUCAUUACAUGUAUUUAUCGUUUAUAUUUCCGAACGGAAGUGUGUUAGUCCUUAAAAUGUACUUAAAUUGAAAAAAAGCUAGUUCAUGUGUGUGUGAAAUUAAGCGGGAUAGAAUGUUUACAAAAUUUGGGUAAUCAACUCUGACGGGAUUUUUUUUCAUGAGCUCAAAUAAAUAACAUUUUUUGUUAGUAUACGAAGUUGUGUAAUUUGUUGAAUUUAUAGUUUCACAGAAUAUAAUGAGUUUACUUCUGUCUCAAACGUGGGUUCGAUCUAUUGUCUUUAAGACUCAUUUUCCAGGGACUUCUAACAUACUGAUAGUUGCUUAUUUAAUAGAAAAGUAUCUUUUAUUCCAUAGCACUGUAUCAUAGUUAAGUAACUUUUUGUUUUAUUCACUAUAUGUUGUUCAUGAAAACUGUAGAAUGAAUGUAAUACUGGACAAGUACACAAAAAUGCGAAGUGGCAAGUUUUCACAAACUAUUGAAGAUUUUAAGGAUACAACCGCACAUCAAGUAGUUAAUGAUACAUGUACAUUGAUGCACGAUCUAAUCUCCAAUAUUCCAACAGUUCACUUAUAUUAUUAGUUUACAUUUGACCAUUUUUUAAACAAUCCCAUUUGAAAAACCAAGCACAUACUAUCUCUCAUCUACUCCAAAUUAUACUAAAAGAUCAGAUGAUAAUUUUAAAUACGUUCAGUCUUAAAUUGAAUAAUUGAUUAGUUUUCUUUUCUAACUAAAAAGCUCAUUUUUUUGCUAAACUUGAUUAGACUCACUUUUAAAUUCCUUUCUGAUUGGUUUUUCCAACUCUCAUAGUUAUACGAAUUACAUUGCAUAAUUGACUUCCACCUACAUUAACCUUGAACAGUGUUUUCCUAUUCGCCCAAAACAAAUCCAUCAUCCGAAUAGUCCCAAUUAAAUCAAUAACUGUAAAUUGUCAAUAUAUAUUUUUGUUUUAAUUUUGAUUGAUAUUUCAGUAAAUGUGAUGGUAUAGGCAGAAGUUGAAAAAAAGGGCUGAAGGGGUUUUGCGCAAACUUCAAAAAUUAAUGCUUUUAUAUAUUUCGGUAGAGAUACCUAUGUAUAGUGUUCAGAAUGUUGAAAAUGACACCAAAAGUUAUUUAUUUUUGUCAUCAUUGAGAAAAAAUAUAUAGUGUUAAACACAUCAAAUGGUCAAUUAUUUCCAUAUACACUAGAUAAAACUAGUAAAUCGUCAUUAUUUAAUUGUAAUACAUAUUUUCAGGUUUUUAGUGGUGGUCGGUUCCAGAUUUUAUUAAAUUCGGCAAUCCCAAAAUACUAACCCUUAAUCUUAAAACAAACCUUAACUCGGUGGUACUAUACUUCGUGAAGGGAUUAAUCAAAUUUAGACCAGUGCUUCUUUCAAUUUUGCGCUAAAUUUAUCCGUCUUUAUGGCUACAGAGCAUUUUGGCAUUAUAGCUGGUGUCGUCUUAUUGCCUAAACUUUCACCUUUAAUUCCUGAUCCUAACUCUUGUCACAAACAAUGUUAAGAUUGUAUUUAUACCCUUAUAAGAAUUCGAGGGAACGGAUAUCUAUGUCUUUGUUUUUCCUAAUUUAUUGACAGAGUAACCUGCAGAAGACUUCAGCAAACUCAUGAAUUAUGUGAAAUCUUUUCACAAACUAUGCAUUUAAAAAAGCUAUUCUUUAUUGACUAAAUAUCAGCUAAAACCAUUCGGUACGCUUGCUUUGACCUCGUCCUGGUAUCGUACUUUUACCGUAAUGCAGCAUAGUGGUUUUUGUGUAAUAACUCCAUGUAUGUCAGUGUGUUUUUGAUCACUGUGACCAGUGCUUAAAUAUUGGAGAGUAGUAUUGUAUAUUUUGAUUGACAUUAGUAAAAUUUAGACGUCAGUCAAAGUAUUAGAGAUUUAGUUUGUACUUGUGAGUCAUGUGAAAUUUUUUUUCAUAGAACAGGUAAGUAAUAUGUUAAAAAUACAAUGGAGUUAGUUGUCAACGUUCGUUACACUGUUUUUGAAGUGAAAAGGAGCACACAAAUAAAGGUCUUGAAGAUUUAAUAGAAUUAUUUCUUAAGUCUCAUCCGGCUAAGAAAGAGAUAAAUGUGUAAGACACUUUUUCGAAUUCAUAGACUGCGAUUGCUAUCAGUAAUCCCUAUAACCUCUCCUAAAGGCACGGGGACCCCAUCGAACAUAAUAUUGGGAAUUUGAAAGUAUACGAUAAGUAACUCUGGACAUUUUGGUACAAGUAUGAUAGAACGUUUUCAGAUCCUUUCCCAGACAUUAAGGAAGGUGGUCACUAGAUUAUUCAAGUCAAAUCUGUUAACUAAUACAACAUAUCUCCUCUGACUAUAAUCUUCACCACAUUUCACACACGAUUCAUACUCACAUUUCAAACAAUUCCAAAUUUCCUUAUAUAUUUACAUGAUUAUAAUGUAAAUUAAAUUGCUACUUUCAUAUAUCCAAUCAAGUGAGAGAAUGACUUAAUAGUUUACUACCUGAUAAUCUUAUUCAAUAAAGCUGAAUUGUAAAAAGGAUUGUAAUCGUCUGUUUGGGACACCUCAGCUGAAUGUACACUUUCAUCUCACUGUUGAUGUCUAUACCGACACUCAAAAAAUGAUACUUUUCACUUCAAACAACGACAUGUUAUCUAGUGAACUAUUGAGUCCAGAUGGCAAAUAAAUCGUUCAUCAGAUAUGUUGGUAUAUCUAAAUGACGAAUCGAGAACAGGAGGAAAUGCCUGCUUCGAUUCCACCUCUAGCCAUCAUUGAAAUAUCCCAGAACUUUUGACAACAAAGGGUGAUCAAUUACAGUCGUUAGUUUAAAGAACGGAAAACUAUCAACCAUCAUUUGCAAUCAGUUAAGUAAGAGAGU